GGCUCCACUUGAGUCAUGGCUUCCACCGGCUUUGACCCUUAUUUCCCUCCCAUUUACAAGAGGAGAGUGGUUGUGCGCAGUGCAGGAUAUGGUGCUGGUGGAGGAAUAGGAUCUAGGUCUGCCUACUCCAGCCACUCUGCCCCAAUAACUUCCUAUGCAUCUUCACGCAGAAGUUAUCCAACACAAAGCCGAGCUCCUUCCAGCUUCACCUCCGUGUUUUUUUCUGCUCCAGUGUCUGCAGCUGCCACUGAGCUACGCCUUGACCAAGCAGCCCAGGUCAGUGCUGAGUUCAAAGCAGUGCGGACCCAGGAGAAGGCCGAGCUGCAAGACCUGAAUGACCGCUUUGCAAGCUUCAUUGAGAGGGUCCAUGAACUGGAGCAGCAGAACAAGUUGCUGGAGACUGAACUCCUGCUGCUCAGGCAGAGGCAGACGGAGCCAUCCAACCUUCGGGCCCUGUAUGAGCAUGAGAUCCGCCAACUUCAUGCUGCUAUAGAGGAGGCCCGCCAUGAGAAACAAGCUGCCCAGGACCACAGGGAUGAGAUGGAAGACGUGCUUAGAAACCUGCAAAAGCGCUUCGAGGAUGAAGUGCUUUGCAGGGCGGAAGCAGAGGGCAGGCUCAUGGAUACCAGGAAGGGGGCAGAUGAGGCUGCACUGGCUCAGGCUGAGCUUGAGAAAAGAGUUGGUACCCUGUUGGAUGAGCUGGCCUUCCUGAAGCGCCUCUGUGAGAGUGAGAUUACAGAACUACAGGCCCAAAUCCAGUACAGCGUAGAUGUGUCAGUGGAGAUGGAGGUAGCUAAACCUGACCUAUCCGCUGCUCUCCGCGACAUUCGAGUCCAGUAUGAGAAGCUGGCACAACGCAACCUUCAAUCAGCUGAAGAAUGGUUCUGCAACAAGAUGAAUGUGAUGACAGUAGGCAGUGCUCGCAACACAGAGAGUGCACGUCAUGCCAAAGACGAGGCUGGAGAAUAUCGCCGGCUGCUCAAAGAAAGGACCCUGGAGAUUGAUGCCUGUCGUCAGAUGAACCAAGCUCUGGAAAACCAACUACAAGACGUGGAGGAGAAACAGAGUGCUGAGAUCUCUGCACUGCAGGAUACAAUAGGUCAACUGGAGGAUGAGUUGAGGGCAAACAAGAAUGACAUGGCUCGCUAUUUGAAAGAUUAUCAGGAUCUCCUGAAUGUGAAGAUGGCCUUGGAUAUUGAAAUUGCAGCCUAUAGGAAGCUGCUUGAAGGAGAAGAGAACCGUCUAAAUGUGGCUGGAGCAGCCAUGUACGCUGUUCCAUCUUAUGGAAGAUCAUUUGUCUCCAUGCAGCCUCAGCUGAGCUCUGCAGCUCCGUACCUACUGAGCUCUCGCUUGUAUAGUUCAUCACUCUCCACAGAGGAGACGAUAUCCGCAAGCCAAGCACAGCAGGUAGAGGCUAGCCCUCCUCAAGAAGAGGAGGAAGAGCAGGCGGAAGAGGAAGAGAAGGAGGAGCAGGUGGAAGAGGAAGAGAAGGAGGAGCAGGCGGAAGAGGAAGAGAAGGAGGAAGUAGAAGAGGAGCAGGGAGACGAGAAAGAGGAGGAGGAAGCAGAGGAAGAGCAGGGAGAAGAGGCCGAGGAGGAGGAGGCGGAAGAAAAGGAGGAGGAGGAGGAAAAACAAGAGGAAGUGGAAGAAGCAGAUGGAGAAGGUUUGUCAAAGGAAGAUGAUGAGGAAGGAGGAGAGGAGAGCCAACCUCAAGAGGAGGAUGAUGCUGAGCAGAAAGAGCAAGAGGCUGAUGCAGAUGGUGAGAAGGAGAAAGAAGAAACUGAAAAGGAAGCAGAAGCAGAUGCUGAUGAGAAAAAUGGAAAAACAACUGUUUAAAUGUACAUGCUUUAAAAAUACCUGCUAGCCUGUAGCUGAAGGAUGUAAAUUCCUGUGGUGCUCUAUAUAUACAGAUACUACUCUAAUUCAAACUAAAGGAAAAUCUCUUGAAAUCAGAAGACAAUAUGGUAAACAAAAAUCCUCUGUAUGAUUAACUUGAGCGACUCACAGCAUGUACGCACGCUGUACCAGCAAAGAAACUAAACAAUAUCAAAGCUAAUCAUGUAAUUGAUCGAGACAGAUUGUGACGAGUAUCAGGAGUAGAUAUUCUGCUUUGUGGAGAUUUGUCUGCAAACACCUGUGUGCUUUACUGUCACCAAAACAUGCCUGUAAGACUGUCUGAAUGUGCAAUAUCCAGUCUGAAAUGCCUUACCUCGAGUUCUCACUGAGUGCUUUCCAUGAUAUGCUGCAUUGAACUCAAAUAAAGCC